UUGCUCCAAGGCUCACACUCACUCACCCUCUUCUUCAUCUUUCAUAAACUAGCUAGCUCUCUUCCUUUCUAUCUCAUAUAUCUGUUACGUGAACGUUGUUCAUCUCAUCAGAGAGGAUUAGGAAAGUACUGAAACAAAGUAAGGAUCGAAGAUGUUGGGUAGCGGGGGCAGUGUUAACACUCAUAUCGAGGCUUCAUCAAAGCCCUCGUCGUUCGAGUUCCCUGGAUUCGACAAGGGUGGCAUGUUCGACCUCGGCCACCCUCUCCUCAACCGCAUCGCCGAGAGCUUUGUCAAAGCCGCUGGGAUCGGAGCUAUUCAGGCUGUCUCACGUGAGGCUUAUUUCACUGCCACUGAAGCUUCAGGACUUGAUUCAACUAGUGGAAUUCCGCCGGAAAUUUCAGGCCACAAAAAGAAUCGCUUCCCAAACCUCAGAGGGGAUAACAACAGAAAAUCUCUUGAAGCUAUGGUGAAGCACACAGGAAAGGAAUCUUUACAAUGGGGGCUAGCUGCAGGGGUGUACUCAGGCCUUACUUAUGGACUGAAGGAGGCUCGUGGAGCCCAUGACUGGAAAAACAGUGCAGUUGCAGGAGCAAUUACCGGUGUGGCUCUGGCACUCACAUCCGACAGUUCCUCACAUGAGCAGAUUGUGCAAUGUGCUAUCACUGGAGCUGCCAUUUCCACGGCUGCAAAUCUUCUCUCUGGAAUAUUUUAGGCUGCUAUAUAAUUGCUGAUGAUCGGGUCAUAUAGUCCCAAAGUUAGCUGCUUCCUAUAUAAUUAAGCUAUAGAGAUGUAGACUUUUCCAUCUCUUGUUCAAGAACUCUCAACUUUUUAGGGUUUUUGCUUUUGGAAUAUUGGUUAUGAACUCGUGAUCACAGAAGGUCUUUCCCUUGCUU